GCCAGCCAGUUUGAAAUCAGCCAAAGUAGUGAGCGGACGCAGAGCCAAGCAGAGCAGCAGCAGCGAAGCAAAACAAAGUGAACGAACCGUCGAACACACACACACACAUACAAAGAUACAUUAUAUUGACGUGUGCGUAAAUGCGAACAACAUCAACAACAACAACAAAGCAUUUGUGUAGUUAAUUUAUUCAUUGUGUGCCUCGCGUGAAUCUGCAAAGAGAAAGUCUUGAGUCAGACGCAGCAAAGAAAGACAUUUAUUAAUUACAAACAAUUGUGCAAUUGAGGAAACAAAGAACACACAACGUUUUCCUUGAAAACAAUACAACAAGAACAACAACAACUAGAAGCGUAGCAGCAACAACAACACCAGCAAUGGCUGUGGCCUUCUACAUACCGGAUCAGAAGGAAAUGCUGCGCAAGGCGCGCGAACAGGAGAAACAGCUGUUGCGCCUACGUCAAUGGCAAAUGGCAACAGUUGUAUUGAACACGAUACGCCAGCUAAUGGACUCCACGGCCAGCGAGUGCGUGCAGCGAGCGGGACGUAAGUGUGGCAAGUGGCGCAAACCAUCGCAGUGAAAAGCGCAGAGUUGAGUAAACAACAACAAGAACAACAACUACAACAGUUACUACUACUUCUACUACAACAACAACAAGUCCGUCAAAAGCAAAAACCGUUGACUAUAUUAGUCUUAACUGAUGGGCUAAAACGCCGACGGCCCCAACAACAACACCAACAGCAGCAGCAGCAACAACAACAUUUUGAUCCCCCCGAAAUUCUUCCUGCUUCUAAGUUUACUCAUCAAAGCGAUUGUGAUAAUGGUUUUGUUUCUACA